AAAUCCUGCACGUAUUAUAAUGUUUUUACAGGUCUGCUAAAAUCAUGCACGUAUUAUAUUGUUUUUACAGGUCUGCUAAAGUGUCUUUCGACGACUGUGUUCCUGAUACAUUUAAGCACAUCUCAGAAGCCCGGCCAUACAACCUACGAGUUUGGAAAAGACUGCAGUGUAACAGCGGUAGAGCAGGACUUCGGAUCGGUGGCGUCCGUCCUUUACAGCGGCUCGCCGGUCAACUCGUCGUGUGAUGAAAUGUCUUUUACUGGUUCUGGUCAGUAUCUGCUGUGCUAUAAACCAGAAAAAUACAUUGACCCCGAUUGCGCUGUAGAACUUCACGUCUACGGCAAGAAGGAUGGAAAAGCAGGAAAAGUACUCAUCGUCCUUUGUGAGGAGAAAGAAAGGCUAUCAACGCUUUGCAUCAAGUCCAAUGCCACACUACAAUUAGAGUUCAAAACCCGUUAUAGUAGGUCUCUAAACAGAGCUGCUUUCUCGGGUUAUGUUUACACUAAAAAUGCAACUGAUGAAUUUGACUGGCGGUUGUUUACCACGGUUAUCGGGAUCGUUGUGCCCGUCACUGUGUGUCUGGUUGCCGGAGUGGUUGCUGCUUGCUGCUUCUGUGCUUACAAACAUCGAAAAUUACGUGCAUCGUCCGCAUACAACCGGAACCCACCUCACGGAAGUUACCCGGUGCAGCCAACUCCAGCAGGAAAUUAUUCAACCCCACCGCCUCCAUAUGAUUCAUCUUUUGGAACAUACGAUUAUUCCAAAAAAUAAACGCGGAUGUAAUCUGAAAUGAAAUUGCAAUUUCAGCUUUGAAAAGCGCAUAGUUUUAAAUUGUUACUCUUUCAUGAGGAUAUUCUAAAUUUUGUUAAAUGAUUGAAUAAGACAUAAAAUCCGACAAACACAUAAACACAAUUUACAGUUGAGGAGAUAAUAGAUAUACAAGUGCACGUACCACAAAUUGUAGGUAAUUCUGUAAUCUUAAUUUCUCAUGCAUUCAGUCCUAGAAAACACCCAUAUAAAUUCAUUCAUUCACUUCUCCACAGUUUUGCAUUCCAAAAGCAUAUAGUACCUUAUAGGGUUUUUCUACAAAAGUAUCAUAUAUCAGGACCUCUAUAGGAAAGUAUGCCUCCCAAACACGAAUAAUUUAUAUUGCGGAUGGACAAAAACUCUCAUUAGAAUUCCUUUUUUUCUUGAAACCCAAUAUGGUAUACUUUGGCCACCUGGAGUACAUACGAAUUUUUGCAUACAUGAUAAGGUCUGAUGUUGGUGAAUUUUUCACAAAGGGAUACUUAGAUAGGAUAAUCCUUCUGUAUUUUGAGUGUGACUUCAAACUUGAUUUUUGAAAACAAAGUAUAAGAUUGCUAAACUACUAGCAUUAUUUUAGUGUCGUGAUCCGAACUCGCACUAUUAGUGAAAAUUUGCCUGCAUACAUAUUUGUUUGUAAUUUUCUAGGUUUUCUAGGUUAAUUUCAAUAAAAAAUGAA